AUGAUUAAGGAAAAGAAACUGGCCGUAUUGGUAGUAGUACUGUACUGUUUGCUUUUUGUCGCAACGGUGUAUUUUGCACGGAUCUUUGUUCACAACACAAGAUUGACGUUUGCUGCCCCGAAGAAUACCAUUGUCCACGAUGCCGUACAGACGGCAACGAUUUAUUUCCCACAUCAGUUGCCAAUAAACCCUUUGUAUCUGUUGUUAACGGCCAGGAAUCUAUCACGGAGUAUUUUGGGGGACCCAAACUUUGAACUUCUUUGCAACUAUCUUUUGCAACAGCUACGAAACGAGAGUAGUCCCAUCUUCGGCAAGGUGAACAACAUACUUGGCUACUUUGCUGUCCCGGAGUUUAGUCCAAUGCGUGACUUCUUCAUUGGCGGAGAUCACAAUCAGUCAUCUUUGUUGACGCUCAAUUUAGCACCUUCUGUGAAGAGUGACGUUGUUAUGCGAGUUGUCAGUUCCGUUAUCGAUGCGUGGUGUAAUGAGCAUACCGCAACUUUUACUCAGGAAUAUACCAGCACACAGUUGGUCUCAGACGAUGCUGCAGCUGGUAUUCUGGGGGAUUUGCUUCACGUGGAUGUUAUUUCUCUUCCGAUGGCAUUCUUGGUGUUAAGUUACUGCUUGGGCUCGGUGCGGUUGCUAUUGGUUCCAUUUUUGGCAUUUUCCUGCACAGUGUCGAUAGCGUUUGGAAUUAUGUACCCAGUUUCACUUCUACUGGAAGUGUCAUCUUUUGCUCCAGAGUUAACAGUCGGUGUGGUUGCAGCUCUCUCAAUUGAUUAUUCUUUGUUCAUUCUCACGCGUUUUCGGGAACAGGUUCGGCUGCAAGAGAUUCUGCUUGGACGAAGCCCGCGAGUGGAGUGGGUUGUGGUGAAAAAUACUGCAAUAUUAUCUUUUGACAAUAUUUUUGUCUCGGGGUUAGCGGUUGCCAUCUCUGUCGGAAGUUUAUCGUUUAUGCCCGUCACAUUUCUUUCCACGGUGGGGCUGACAAUGUGCAUCACGGUUGUCUGCGCCGUUUUUGUCAGCCUCACCUUGCAGCCUGCACUCCUAUUGGUUUUUUGUGACUUUUUUGGACAUCCCCCCACAUGGACAGAACUUUGGCAUAAACUGCGUUUUUGCUUCUUUGUGUGGCCUUGCCACUCUUACCCGCCACAUGCUGAUUCCCUCGGCAACGCGUCUCAACCAAUUGCUGCCAUGCAAGGCCAGUUGCUCCCCGAAGAAGAGCAGACGUGCUCAGAUCAUGAGAACCUUGAGUAUCAGCGGCAAAUGUCAUCGUACUGGUUUGGUCUUAGUCGAUACUCUUUUCGGCACCCGUGGGUUGCAAUAGCGGCCGUUCUUGCCUUUGGCGCGCCUUUUUUUUAUUUUGCAGCGCAGCUGCAAGUGGACUUUGACGUUUUCACGCAAAUCCCAAGGGGAAGCCCGCACGGGGAGGUGCUGAAACGGAUCCAGCGUGAUAUUGGUGGAGGAUUGGCUAUUCCGUUUUACAUACUUUUUUCGGUGCGUGGCGUGUACGACGUUUCAUUUUGGAAGACGGACGAAAUGACGAAUGUAAUGCGAUCUGUCAUUGAGGCAAUUCUUACACGUACGGGGCAAUCUUAUUCGUCGAUCAUCUCGCCCAACAUGGUCUUGGAUCCAGCGAGCGGGGAGGUUGUUUGGCUGAAGGCAUGGGAAUCUUUUUGUCUUUAUAAGUUGGAACCCAAUUAUCAGUAUCUUGUUAAUCAAACAGUGUCUGUGCUUGAGGGAAAGGCGGCUUACUUUUUUCUUAUACCACCCAAAAACCCUUUUGGAGCCUCUGCAAAGAAAUACCUCAAUACAAUAAUGGAUAUUUUGAGGGAGCAUGCUGCCAAUAAUGUGUUGUUCAGCUUUGGAAUUUUUGGAGCGAGUAGUGCUUCAUGGGCCAUUAUGAGCAAGUCAAUGGAAUUUUUUUCAAUCCAGAUUGGCGUGGUGUUUGGGGGUAUUUUCAUCAUUAUGUUCCUCGUUUUUCGCUCUGUGUUUCUGCCGUUUCGACUCAUUUUCACAGUCGUCUACACCGUUGGUGUUUCGUAUGGGGUGGGUGUCAUCGUAUUUCAAUAUAAGUGGCUUCAUCCGGUUUGGCGUGGGCUGGAGCAUGUGGAAUAUUAUUGUUUUUUAAUACCCCUAUUGACAUUUUUAUUCCUUUGCGCACUUUCCCUGGACUACGACGUGUUCCUUAUGACACGCAUCAUUGAGUUCAAGAAGAAGGGCUACACCGACGAGGCGGCUGUGGCAAAGGCGGUGUGGAAGACAGGCUCCAUCAUUUCGUUUGCAGGUAUCAUCAUGUUUCUGACGAUUGGCUCGAUGGUAUUUUCUUCGGUUAUGAUGCUCUCGCAGUUCGCCGUGGUGUGCAGUGUGGCAGUAUUGCUUGAUACCUUUGUGGUUCGACCUUUUUUUGUCCCUGCACUUAUGGGCAUUGGAUCCGGGUGGUAUGUGUGGUGGCCACGUCGUUUUCCUGAACUGAGGCGCAACGUGCACGACAUGCGCAUCGAUCCCGAUGCCAAUUUAGAGGAAAUUUAUGUUGACAAAGAGGAAAAACAGGAGCUUUUCCCAGGGGAUGCGCCGUGUAGUGAAAAAAGUAUUUGUUUGGAAAACCUCUCUGUGCGGCCGCACGUCGCUUCUCGUAUGAGUAAUAAACCGCAGCGGCAUUGA